UAACAUUAGUAAAAAUGGCGAGUGAUGGUGAAGCGAAUAAUACGGAAGGUUGCUCAUCAAAUGGUGAUCUUUUAGAGGCUUCUGUCUGUUCAAGUGCCAAAGCUGAAAUUUUGAAAGAAAUGAUAGACUUCAAAGUAGUGUACAAUAAACAAAAGUUUGAUGUCAGCUUUCCAUAUGAUGAAACAGUUGGAUCACUGAAACAACAUAUACACACCUUGACAGGUGUUCCACCAGCCAUGCAGAAAGUAAUGAUAAAAGGGUUAGCAAAGGAUGAAAAAACAUUGAGAGAUCAGGGACUUCUGAAAGGGUCUAAAGUGAUGGUAGUUGGAUCUACUUUAAAUGAUGUUCUUGCUGUUAAUACACCAACUAAGCAUGAUCAGAAAGAAGAGAAAGCUACAACCCCAACCAAAGAACCUCUGUGCAGGCAAAAAAUCCACAAAAAGGUUAUUGAUAAAGGUGUACCAGAUGAUUGCAUGCCAGGUAUUAAAAAUGCCAAGGAAAGCCUUCCUCCUUUUCCACUGUCUGGGAUGGUGAAUAAAUCAGGUGGUAAAGUACGUCUAACUUUUAAACUGGAAGUAGAUCAACUUUGGAUAGGUACUAAAGGUAUGGAAAGAACAGAAAAAGUUGGAAUGAAUUCUAUAAAAAAUGUUAUUAGUGAACCUAUUGAAGGUCAUGAAGAAUAUCAUGUAAUGGGAUUACAGCUUGGUCCAACAGAAGCCUCCAGGUACUGGAUAUAUUGGGUUCCAGCACAGUAUGUGGAUGCCAUUAAAGAUGCAGUGUUAGGGAAAUGGCAGUAUUUUUGACUGUUUAUUGUGUUUAGCUAUUAUUGUACAGUGUAAUAGAAUUUCUUUCUUGUAUACAAAUCUGGUGAAAAAAAAUACUGAUUUAGCAAAAGAAAAGACACAAUACUCAAAUUCAGUUUGCCUCAGAAUUAUCUACUAGUAAAAAGUAAAGUAUUUUUGCAACUGUUCUUUCAACACACUGCAUAACAGCUAUAUUCAUUUAUUCCUCCCACAAAUUACAAGGUUUAUUUAAUUAAUGAAACAAUUGACACAUGAUAUACCUGUUAGGAAAAGAAAAGCAAGCAUUUAUCUAGAUUUAUGAUCUAGAAAUUAUAUAUAAGUUUUAGACAGAUUGUAAUUCUUUUAAUUAACUUAAAACAUUUUGUUUGUUGCUGUUCUGAAUUUAAUAUUGGAAGCUCGAAAGAUCUUCAAUUUAAAGCUGUCUUCAGGAUUUAAAACCUGUUCUGUAAAGCCACAGUGUAAUGAAAAACUUUUUACAACUUUGA